GUUACAGUUGUACAAAUGUAGCGUGCUCUUAAGUAACCCUUAAACUUGCUUUGUUCAUCAUGUUACAUUAAAGCGUCUCAAAGGGCCCCUCAUAAAAGGCUCAUACGGACCUGAGGGCCGCUCUUGGUAGAGAUAAUACGGUGAGGGGCACAUGGCUCAGGGCGCUUUUGAGAGGAUGGACAACGACAUGGAAGACAUGUCCUACGAGGACCAAGCUGGUGGAAACGCCAGCAGUAAGAUUUGGAACAAGAUUGGGAUAGCCAGAAGUAACAAACAAGGUCUGUACAGGCUGGCCACGGUGGCUCUGGGCCUGCUUUGCCUCAUCCUGCUCAUGGUCAUCAUUUCCCGCCAAACCCACGGCAGCCCAGCCGAAGCAACUGCCGACGGGAGGUUCGAGCCCCAAACGUACGACAACCUGAGCCUCGAGAUAGACCAGCUGCAGAGCAGUUACAGCGACCUGAACAGGCAGAUGGCCCUCCUGAUCUCCAGCCACAACAUCCUGAUCGAGGAAAAAGCCCUGCUGCUGGUCCGCUACCACAACCUGACCGACCAGAAGCACCUCGUGGAAACAAGCCUCCACCAGCUGCUUCUCCAGAAGGCGCAGUUAGACGACAGAUACAACAAAUUGGACAGCGAAAACAGACAGUUACAGAUCAGCUAUAGCAAUCUGAACAGCUCAAAAUCUGAAUUGCAAACUCGGAAUAGUGUCUUGACUGGCGAGAUAGGACAGCUGCAGAAUAGAUACAGCAACCUGACCAGAGAGAGAGAUGAUCUGCUGAAGAGAAACGCCAAACUAGAUUCAAAAAUGGCAGCAGGAUGGAUUUUCAAGGACUCAAGCCUUUACAAAAUCAAUUCUGCAAAGAAAAGCUGGCAUGCAAGCAGAGACAGCUGUUUGAAAAUGGGAGCAGACCUGGUGGUGGUGAAUAACAUAGAUGAACAGAAAUUCCUCUUACAAUACAAGAGAUAUUGGAUUGGACUUUCGGACACUGAAACGGAGGGCGUUUGGACCUGGGUAGAUGGCACAGAACUGACAACAUCGUUUUGGAGGCCUGGGGAACCCAACAAUGCGGGAGAUGAGGACUGUGCAGAAAUCUCCAUAGACGCUUCAAGUCCUUCACAGGCGUGGAAUGAUGUGCCGUGUUCUCAAGCAAAAUUGUACAUCUGUGAGGACCAUGUCUGAAGGUCUCUUGAUCACAGGGAAAUGAUGACUGAGGCAAUGUUGAUGUCAUUGUCUUAGUAGUUCCAGGGACGCUAACAGCUUUUUCUGGGCCCGCGGGACACAGUAAUCUGAAAGGGCCCCUCACCCAAUACAUACAGGCUAAUGUAAUGAGGAACCAAUUCUGGGGCCCCUUUCUCCCUGGGUCUGGUACAACUGACCUUUUUGUCCCUACUUGUCGGCAUCCCUGCGUUGGUCUUUAAUUUUUUCAUGUUCAAUCUUCAACUUUCAUGUUGCAUGUGGUACUAUGUUCUGAAUGUACAGUAUCUCUAUUUUCUUUUUCUUGUGAGACAUCUCCACCAUGCUGUACAGAGUUUUUAAACAGUUGGCACAAUAUGAUUAAAUGUUAGUUAUCUGAUGUUAACCUGUCAGUACAAAGUUAUGUUGUUGGAACGCUUUCUAUCUGGAGUAUUACUUUUAAUGUUGUUGUUACAAGUAUUAAUACUACUACCACCACUACUACUAAUAAUAAUAUAGUAAUAAUAAUUACCAUUUUGCAGUACAAUGUUCAAGGCAUAAAGGCAUUUUAGUGAAAUCACCCUUCGGCCCUAUGUACAGUAUCCCUUUUAACACAAAUAACAAAAUAACAAGACAUUCUAUCAUAUGUAGCAAUAUCAGGUGCUACAACCCCAUUGUACAUAUAACACUGGUAAUUUUCAGGACGGAAGAAAUGUUGUGAUUACAAUAAAUGGGUUGAGAAACACACCAACCAUUCUCACUUCUCUUUUUAUUGAAGAGAAUCUGAAAAUGGAGAACUUGCCAACUUUCAAUCCCACCAAAUGGAAAACUGGCAACUUCUCCAUACAGUACGGCCUAUGGUCGAACAGAGGGGACAUAUUAGGAUUCCUCUGAACCGAAACGAUAUAGCAAUAGAAAUGUGACAAGAUCAUGUCCUCCUUUGCAAGUCACUUUCGAUAAAUGUGUAUAAAUUAAAUGAAAAGGUGGCCGAUGCAGUCUGCAUGCAUGAGGGGUGCUUGCUGGG